AAGAGAGAGAGAGAGAGAGAGACGUGUAGGCACAUGUUGCCGUGCAAACUGCAAACUUUCUUUUUGUCUUUGGGUCGACUUUUGACAGGAUGAGGAAAUUGACGUUUGCAAGAAGAGAUUCAGCCACCUGAUCCUUCGGGUGCAUGCACUCGAUCCAUGCCCAAGAGGCCGAGUGUUUUUUCUUUUUUCCGAGGGGAUCCAAAAAGAGAUUUUCAAGAACAGUUCUUCAAGGAGAAUAUCAAGGAGGAAAUGCAUUGGGAAACGUCCGACAUCUCCCUUUGACAACCUUCAGAAUGAAGUCCACAAGAGACCGCAAGGACGGUGGGAGCAGGUCCGGACAGCACCAUGUGGAAACGUUCUGAGGCGAAGCGCCUUGUGGCGGGCAGCGUCCCGUGCCAGUCAAGCAGCUUCCAGGCAGUGGCAGGUUGAAGACUCAGCCGACGGGCAGAUUCAGGACAGUGGCCAGGCUACCUGAAUACAGUCGUCGCAGAAUUGAUCCCGGAGCAGCCCUGGGAAUUGGCGAGAAUGGCUUUGACACGGGCCGUGUGCGAUCCAGUGUCGGAAGCCUACUUUGGUGCCGCCUACUUUGCGGCCUCAUCCGCUCGCAGGAACCCUCCGGUCUCUUCGCUCGGUGCUGUGCUUUCCUGUUGUGCCGGAAACAUGUUCCACCUCAAGGAUCCUGACCUGCCCAAGAUCCAAGCUGCAAUGGCCACUGGCCGCUACUAUCGAUUCUAGGCAACCUGGAGAGCGGUGGGCCUUCGACCAAGAAGAGAUCUAUCCAGGUCAUCUACUGCAGGUGGUUUGAGUAGACAUAUCUAUAUAGAGUAUAGGUUGAUCAUGUUGUAGGUCAUGUCAUUGUUUCAGAUCCAGCAGGUACUUUCCAGGCAACGUCUCCACAGAUGCUGCCACGUCUCACUUGCAUAAUACAGAUCACCUGAUCCGAAAUCGUCGACCACAUGGCCGCUGGUCAACGAUGCGCCCAGAGCAUGAGAUCUUGCAAGUGAAGCGCACAUGGUCCAAACAAUUCGAAAAAGCAGCGGUGCUUCGGAAAGGUUUCGAGCAAGAAGUGGUUCCACACCUAAAGCCGCCCAAUUGCCGUGUUCAUGUCAUCUAUGCUGAUGGGAUCGAAACUUUGUCCAAGCUCAAGUUCGAGCAGAACUUGUAUCGCAAGGCAAAGCUCAUAGGCUUCGAGAAAGGAGAUGACACCAUCACAGCCCGAAGCGUCGACAAAAUGUGCGAGGCUUGGAGAAACGCGGGCGUGGUGCUCCACCAAAACCGGGCUGGCAAGGUCCACCACAAGGAGUUGAUCUCGUGCCCCUUUACCCUGCGUGUCUUGGAUCACGUCAUGGCGCAAGACGACGAGUACUCCUCCGAGAUGGAUGAGAGUGAGGAUGGCUGCUGCGGCGCUUGAUUGACAGCUUCUUGUUCGGCGCUGCGAUCGGCCUGCAGAUUGUUUGAAACGUAUGCGGCUCCCCUUUGCCCCGAUGGAAUGUC